CUCUCUCCUCACCAUUUUCCAGUUGUCUUCUUCAACAACUAAAUCUCACCACACCAUAUCCGCCCACCCUUUUCUACAAGGAACCUUUCAUCUACUUCUCCAUUUUACCAUUUCGCCCUCAACUUAUCCUUCUAAUUACAUUCAUCUCCUCUCUCUCUCUCUCUCUCUCUCUCUCUCUCCCUCUCUCUCUGUGCGUUCACUGUUGGUCUGUGAUCUCCACCUCUCACCUUAUUUCUCUCUCUCUAGACUUUCUCUUUCUAGAAAGUCCUUAAUAACUUCGUUUCGCAACAAUGGCGGUUCUCUUCUGAGCUCGCUUCAGCUUUUUUUUCGCUUUCUUCUAGCUGAGUUCUCUAUCUCUCUCUCUUGUUUGGUUUUGGUUUUGUAAAGAGAAGCGAACGGGAAAUGCCGCCAUUUGUGGUGGAUUUUGGAUCUAACUUUUCACUAAUUUUAUCUCUGUAAGGGAGCUUGUAGAUUGUAAAUUAGCAUUAUUAGGCGUUUUCUGGUGUUUCAGGGGAUGAGCGGGAAGUUAAGCUAGGUUUUAGGUUUUGUUUGUUUUUGUUGUUCGAUCUGUGAAUUGUUGAGACUUUUUAUUUUUCUCUGGAGUGGAGAGAGAGCGAGGGAGGUCGGGGUCAGAUUUGUGGAAAUGAAUCGUAGUUUUAGGGCCCAGGACUCGCAAAUGCAAAUGGCAGCGGCGGUGGUGAAGCAAAGACAACAGUUAAGGGCAUCAAUGAAUAAGGAGAAGGACGAGGAGCUCGGGUUGUUUCUAGAAAUGAAGAAGCGUGAGAAGGGGCAGCAUAAUCUCCUCCUAAAUAACACUGAAGAGUUUGAUGCACCUUUAGGUUCCAAACCUGGUACUUCUCCUAUAUUUAAUAUCUCAUCUAACGCAACACCUGCGCGGAAAGCCGGUGGUGCUGAUGAUUUUCUCAAUUCUGACAGUGAUAAAAAUGACUACGACUGGCUUCUAACACCUCCUGGUACCCCUUUGUUUCCUUCUUUGGAGAUGGAAUCUCAAAAGACUGUAAUGAGUCAGAUUGGUACUCCAAAGGCUCGCCCCACUGCCCUCAAAUCUAGACUAGCAAAUCCUCAGCCAGAUCCUGCUGCAAGGGGCAACUUAGUAUCUAAACAGUCAGCUUCUUCCCCUGGGUUGAACUCUUCAGGCGCAGGGAUGCGCAGACCUUCAUCAUCAGGUGGUCCAGGAUCACGGCCUGGAACACCAACUGGGCGCCCUACAUUGACAACAGCUUCUAAACCUUCUAGAUCUUCAACGCCUACUUCUAGGACCACUUUGCUUUCAUCAAAGUCAGUAGCCUCUGCAACUAAGCCAACUACUGUCCCUGCUGCUAAGCCCACUGCUUCUGCAGUGAAGCCUACUAUUCCUACUAGAUCUUCAACACCAUCAAGAUCCACUGCAAGAUCUUCAACACCAUCAAGAUCCACUGCAAGAUCUUCAACCCCAUCAAGAUCCACUGCGAGAUCUUCAACACCAACUGCUAGGCCCUCAAUUCCUCCAUCUAAAUCCACAUCGAGGGCAUCAACCCCAACUCGACGGCCAUCUACUCCAUCAAGUGUACCGACUAAAUCUGCUCCUGUCAAGUCAACUGCUUCAGUUACCAAGACAAUGCCUUCAACUGCAACCAUAUCUGCUCCUCCUGUUAAAUCAAUUCCUUCAGUUACCAAGGCAACACCCACAAUAGCAAGAAAUCCAGUGCCAUCACACGGCAAUUCUCCAACUACAAAAUCUAGGCCAUGGAAACCCUCAGAGAUGCCUGGUUUCUCACUCGAUACUCCACCAAACUUGAGAACUUCACUACCUGAGAGGCCACUUUCAGCCACUAGAGGUAGGCCUGGAGCACCCAGUUCUAGAUCUUCCUCUGUUGAGCCUACUCCUAAUGGAAGACCAAGACGACAAUCAUGCUCCCCUGCAAGAGGACGAGCCCCCAAUGGCUUUAUGCAUGCAAGUGGCAGCUCUGUUCCCGCAAUCAAUCGUGGCAAUUCCAAAGUUAAAGACAAUGUGAGCCCUGCUUUAGUUGGAACCAAAAUGGUUGAAAGAGUGAUAAAUAUGCGAAGAUUGGCUCCUCCUAAGCAAGAUGAUAAGCUUUCUCCACUUGGAAACUUGUCUGGGAAGUCAUCCUCACCAGAUAGCUCAGGCUUUGGAAGAACACUUUCAAAGAAAUCAUUGGAUAUGGCUAUAAGACACAUGGACAUAAGGCGAAGCAUUCCUGGCAAUUUGCGGCCUCUGAUGACCAACAUUCCAGCAUCUUCAAUGUAUAGUGUGAGAUCAGGGUCUACACGAAGCAGAACAGUUAGCGUUUUAGACUCUCCUCUGGCAACAAGCAGUAAUGCUAGUUCAGAAGUUAGUGUCAACAAUAAUGGUUUUUGUUUAGAUGGAAUUGAAUUAGAAGAUGAUGUUGGCAGUGAAAGAGGUGGCCGAUCUCCUCUACGAGGCAGGUGAUAGUUGGAAACUAAUAUCCGUGCUUUUGAUGGCUUUUCUAAUCAUUCAUCAGUAUUAUUUUAGGUUUUCGACCAGCUUGACUGCUGAAAGAGAAACCUAUUUCUGGAAAGAGAAGGAAACUGACCAAAACGUCAUGCGUUUGGUAAUGUAAAGUUUGUUAGGUUGCUUGGCGAUUAAGUUUUCUGUAAUCCACGGGCUUUGUAUAAUUAAGGAACACCAGUUAUCCUAAUUCUUAUGGUUCUUGCUCAUUUCUACAAGGUGAGGUAUUAUUAAGUCCUA